GUAAUAUUCAAAUUUUACUGGUUAAAAAGUGCAAUUGGUUUUCGUUCACACCAAUUCAUCCUGCUAAUAACAAAACCGAUGAAGAUUCAAGAUUAAGAGGAUAAUUUACAUAUAAAAACAACACUGGUCCCAAAACUGUACCCUGAAGCACCCUGCUUCACAAAAUUUCCGAGGCAGACGACUUGGAGUUAACUUGGCGUCCGACCAGGGAUUCCUUAGUCCCUAGAAGAUAGAAUACAUUAUCAAAAUGUCUGUGGGUAUGGAAUCCGAUGAUAGCUGCAAAACAGCUUCAGUAAUUCUGGGAGGAGAUACAAAGUCUGAUUUAUCUGAUAACGAGAUCAGUGACUGCAUUAGCCUUCUAAAUUCAAGAGAGGCAAACUAUUCAAGUUGUGGGGAGUAUCUAUCAAACGUCGAAGUAGUUGCGGAUAGUUGUCCAAAUAAACUGUUUCACACCUUUUCACUAAAGCUGAAAGAACAAGGAAAGAAGAUUAAACUACUAGAACAAGAGCGUAUUGGCUAUUUAGAACAAAUCGCCAAUCUCUGUUCAUCUUUAGAGAAAAAGCAACAAGAGUUGGUUGAUGUUUUGCAACUUUCGGAGGAAAAAGCAAAAUAUCACGCUCAUUAUAUGACAGAGGUUAGUGGUUUACUAGCCGAACUGAAAACACUAUUUUCAGAGCAUUCAACAGGUUCCAAUCCAGAAAAACUAUCUUUAAAAGAUCAGGCUGAAUCGGAGAAUGAGAAAACAGUUACAAAUACCAACGACACUUCAAAUGUACACUUGAGCUCCACUCCUGCUUGUUGUUCAGAACUCCAAAAAGAUGAUCGUGGUCGCACUCUUCUUAAUGCAUUAUCUGCUACAGUAAAUGCUGCUAAAAAUAUGAACAGUAAACAAUUCAUAAAAACUGAUGAUUUUCCUCAGCCUCCUCAAAUAUUUGAUACGCCGUCAUCCACAGUUAUAAAUGAUUCCGACCAAAAUUCUGUUACAGCAUCCACAGACCAGUUACCUUCUAAAUUGGUUCAACACACUAGAACAACAAAGAAUCAUUUAGCUUCAGAUGUUCGUAUAUUACCAUCAUUUUGUUGGAAUAGUGAUCAUGUUCUCUACUGGUUGCGUGAAUAUGUUUGUUUACCGGGUGGAUGUUUGGAGGCUGCCAGUCGACUUCGCUUAGAUGGACAACAGUUAGCAAGUGUAUUCGAUAAGAAGAUUGAGAAACAGUUGCAUCUUAGUGAUGAAGGAUUAAGGAAAAAGUUUUUUACAGCACUUGAAGAUUUACGAAUACAUGGACCACCUGGUAUAUCACGGCAUCCAGGACCAAGUCACAUAAAUUAUCACUGGAUUUGUGAUGUUUGGUUAAGACAUUUAGGUCUUGUACAAUUAAUUCCUUUGUUUUCAAUACGUCGUGUAGAUGGUCGAAUGUUGUCCAGUUUAAUCUCAUAUAAACGUUCAAAACAUUCCAUUCCGCAUAGAUAUAGACGAAAAAAUAAAAACGAUCCUCAUAAUUAUGAUAACAAUAACAAUAGCUGUGAUAUGAUCAUUUCUAAUCCUACUGACGAUAUUCCAAUUUCAAAUAGUUCACAACAAAAUUUUAUCAAUUUGAAAACCAACCGAAUUAACGGUAGUAAUAAUAUAAGUGAUAAUAAUAUUAACAGUAAUUCCAGCGCUAAAAGUAUUCCAUCUAUUUCUUCAACAAUCAGCCUAACGAACGCUGUUCAAGAUUCCUGUAGUCAUAUUAAUGACAAUAAUAAAUAUGAUAAUGGAAAUGAAUCUAUGGAACGCAAUUGGCAAGUAGCUGGACGCAAAGAAAUGUUACAUCUUUUAUUAGGCUUAUCACAUAUAUCAUCAUCAUCAUCGUCGUCGAGUAGUGGUGCAGAUUUAUCUUUAGAUUCUAGACAUUUGCUUGGUAAAAAAGAAGCUGAAAGUUUACGUGCAGCUAUUGAAUUACUGUAUCAUCAUAAUUUUAAUAUAGAGUUGAUCGAACAAAUUCGUGCUAAAUCUGAUCUUUCCGAAUUAGAUCUUCUAUAUUGGACAAAUGAUCAUGUUCGUAAAUGGUUAUCCGAUUUAGGUUUAAGUGAUUUCCUGCAUGGAAUUGAUGCAAGUGGUUUACAUGGUGCAUAUAUGGUACUUGAUUCAACUUUUGAUUUCAAUGCAUUGAUUAAACGUCUACAUAUACCGUUGAAUGUUGCAAUUUUGUGUAAAUUAGAAGAAAAUUUACAACGAAUAUUAAAACCAGCUAGAAUUCGUGAAGGUGUAUCUACUAAACAACAUAGAAUCUUUCGUCGGCGUAGUGUUAGUCGUCUAAACUGUUCAAAUAAUAUAAUGCAACAUAGUAUAACAUUAACCAAUACAAUCAAUGGAAGUUGUACAUCAUUAACAAAUUCACCAGAAUCUCAAAUCAAAUCCUCUUCGGAUAAUAAUACUGAUAAUCGUGUAGCGAUUAAUGAAAAUCAUAACAAACAUACUUUUAUAACACUUUUUAAUAAAACUGAUGUUGUUCGCGAUGCUGAAUCAUUGAAUCCUAACCAUAAAGAUAUCGAUUUAACAUUAAAUAAUCCAAUUGGAUUAACACCAAGACGUGAGAAACGUCGAAUUCUAACAGUUACUGGUGACUUAAUGAAUUCUAACCGUUUGGCACGUGUAUUUACACGUAAUCAUAAGACAUCAGUUAAUUCUAUCGAACAGUCGAACAAAUUACCGUCAAGUGCACAAGUAUUCAGACAAUCGUCAACAAUGGGAUUGAAUAAUGAUAAUAAUAAUAAUAAUAAUAAUAAUAAUAAUAAUAAUAAUAAUAAUAAUGGCAACAGUGUCAAUAGUUCAAUUGACAAUUUAGACUGGUCAUCUGAUGUUGAAGACAAGUCGAGUACUUUAGUCAGAAAACAUACUACAGAAAAUUCAGACAAUUCUUCUACAGUAAAACUAUUAAAUUCAUCAGACUGUAAAAAAACCACUUCACUUAGACAAGCUGUUCAGAUUAUUCAAAUGUUACUCAUCAAAGUUCAAAACAGCCCCAUGAAGCUCCACUUCUUGAUCCCUUUGGUUCUGAUUGUGGCCGGCCUCGUAUACGCAUUCUCUUAGGACAAAUGAAUCGUUUAAAUUCUCUAAGUGGAACAACUUCAGCAUCAAAUACGAAAGGUAAUCCUAUUGCUGCAUUGAAAAAUAUCUCAGAUCCUAGCAAUAAUUUAACUAGUCGUCAGUCUUUGGCAAAAUCCUGUAUAACAUCUACAUUUACCUCUACAAGUCUUGCAUCAAAACGUAGUACAGAUUCCAUCAGUAGUAUAUCACCUUCGUAUAUACUCUCAAUUAGUAAGACAGAUUUUUAAAUUUUACAAACAACUGAUCAAAUUAUGUUGAGAUAUUUUCAAUGAAUACUAAGCAACAGUAUUUCUUUCAUUGUAUUUUCUCUUCCCUGUGAUUUGUUCAUUUUUAAAAUAUUUUUUUUGUCCCCUUAUAACAUUAUACAUAAUGAUGACAGAUAUGUUUCUUUAUUAAUUCUGUCAUUUUAUUUUACAUCCUCAUUUAUUCAGUAAUCAAUAUUUUUAUGUUAAUGUGGUCCAAUUAUUGGCUACAUACUGUUAUUGUCUGCUAUUUGUAUAGAAUUAAUAUAAACAAAACUCGAUGCAUAAUUCAGUUCAGUCGUCCUAUUUUUUAUGUGCACAAAAAGUAGUAGAUAAUGUCAACGUCACAAAGAAAAAGAAUCCAACAACUGAAAUUGAUGAUAAUGAUAAUGAUUACAUCAAUAAUCAUCUCACAUAACUAUCCGUAUAUGUAAAUAAUAUGAAAACAGUGUAUUUAUUUUAUAUAUAUAUAUAUACUACUUACAAUGAAAGGUCUUUAUCAUUACUAGAAUGCCUAAUUCUUGCUACUUCUUUUUCUUUUAUAACUAACAAUGGAUUAUUUUAAUAGUUGUUAUAUUUCAAAUUUUGUUAUUGAAUACAAGAUAUAUGUUUUGUGUUGAAAUCAUUCUAAUCAUAAUAUGAAAAUGUAAAUUUCUAAUUUUUCUAUCUAUGAAUUAAAUAUAAAUUAAGUAUUGAACAAAUUAUUACAUGUUACAUGGCUGGUAUUAGGGAUAUUUUUCAUUGUUUUAUACGUCGUAAAUCAUUUAUUUGAUCAGAUAAAAGUUUUACCACUCUCCUUAUCAUAAAUUAAUAUAUUUCUGACAGUAUACUGUUUCCAAACUUUUUAAUGUCAGUUGCGAGAUGCUGUCAAAAAAUAGAUGCUGUUGUUACUCUUGGAAAUUUUCUUUCGUACAGAUUUCUUGACAUGAUGUAGGUGGUUGCACAGCGAAAGUGUAAUUAAAACCAUUAUUAUUACUAUUAUUGUUAUUUCAUUCUCGC